AUGUCAACGACUAGGGAGCAGCCAAUCUUCAGCACCAGGGCCCAUGUCUUCCAGAUUGACCCUGCCACCAAACGGAACUGGAUCCCGGCCAGCAAGCACGCUUUGACUGUCUCCUAUUUCUACGAUGCCACGCGCAAUGUGUACCGGAUCAUCAGCGUGGGGGGCACCAAGGCAAUCAUCAACAGCACCAUUACCCCCAACAUGACCUUCACAAAGACAUCCCAGAAGUUCGGACAAUGGGCAGACAGCCGAGCCAACACAGUCUAUGGGCUGGGCUUUGCUUCGGAGCAACAUCUAUCCCAGUUCGCAGAGAAGUUUCAGGAAGUGAAAGAAGCAGCCCGUUUGGCAAGGGAGAAGUCCCAGGAUAAAACAGAGCUGACCAACCCUGCCCUGAACAUCACAUCUCACCAGGUACUUCCCAGCCCCAUCAUCAGCUCCAACGGGCCAGGAGAAGAUAAGCUGUUCAGGAGCCAAAGUGCAGAUGUCGAGAUAACAACAGAGAAGGAGCGGCUGAAGAAGAUGCUUUCAGAAGGUUCGGUGAGCGAGGUCCAGUGGGAGGCUGAAUUCUUCAGCCUCCAGGACAACAACAACAAGCUCGUGGCUGCUCUCCAUGAAGCCAACGCCAACGUGGACCAGUGGAAGAAGCAGCUGGCUGCUUAUCAGGAGGAGACGGAAACGCUGCGGCAGCGGGUGGCAGAACUGGAGUCACAGGGGGCUCACGAUUCCUCCAGUGAGAACAACAAGGAAGAGCUGAGCCAAACCCUGGAGGAGCUGGAACUACUGAUCAAGGCUAAAGACGAGGAGAUUCAGAUGCUGAAGAGCCAGAAGUGUAGCAGAUGGGAAGCAGAGGGCGAGCGUGAGGAGACGCUGCAGAAGCUGCAGGAACUGGAGGCACGUAAUGCAGAACUGGAGCGACGCCUUCACCUUGCUGAGCAGACGUUGGCGGAUACCCUGGCCGAGAGGGAGAAGAUCCAGAACGAGGUCACCAAGGUGGCAGAGAUAAUGGAUGUGAAGAUAUUCGAGCUCAGUGAGAUCCGUCAGGGACUAGCCAAGCUGGUAGAGAGCAACUGAGCAGCAGCGCGCUCAAAGGUGGCACCUCCGGAGGAGGGGUGCCCGAGCUGGGACUGGUCACUGACAGCAGUGUUACGGUCACAGAACAGCCUCCAGGUCUGUUUGGGCACGAUACACCAACAUACCAGCAGCUGCUUGGACAGUGUGGAGAUCAGCCACAGCCACUUACUGCCCACUGCACACCCAGACAGGGCAGAGAGGACCUGAGCUCCUGAAUCCUCUACAGGGAGCGUCUACGAGUCUCAGCCAAACCUCUCUGGACCCUGCCAUGGCUGUGGCAUGGUCCAGAGACAGCAGCUGUCCCCGUGCUGCCUUCCCAGCCUCCCUGCUGCCACACUGUGUCCCAACAUUUUUACAGUUUUCUAGGAGAAGGGGCUGAGCAGCCUUCGUGUUUUUUUCAGUAGUUUUUUAGGAAACCACUUGCCUUUUGCAAAUAAGCUGCCUGUUUCCCCACCUCGGGAGGGAGGAGUUCUGGCACACCGAGGACAACAGUUGUUCCUUUUCCUCUUCCCCAGCCCUAACUGCGUCGUGUCUUUCUAACAGGAUCCAGUAAGACUGGUCACUGUCAGGAGCUUCCAGAGGUAGCAGAGAAGGGAACUUGUCUGACCGUGUGUCCUUUCCACUGUUCAGUCGCAUCCUCCAGAGGAAAAGGAACUGCAGGUUCUAAAGGUCUUAUUAGUUUAACACAGUGGGAUUUAAUGAGUUGUUAAAACUCCUUUAAGCUGAGAAGAGUAGAGGCUUGGUUGGGAAAGGGACAUUUGAGAAAUGGGACAUCCCCGAGGGGAUGGCCAACACACUGCUAGAUUGGCAUCUCUCCUGGCCUCUAAGGGCUGCAGUUAAUUGAAAUUAAAUGGAGCAAAUCAC